GGCGCCGGUCCCCGCCACCCGCCACGCGUCGUACCCGCUGACCGCGCCCGCCAGGCCGCCGGGCACCAUGGUGCAGAAGUCGCGCAACGGUGGCGUGUACCCCGGUCCGAGCGGGGAAAAGAAGCUGAAGGUGGGCUUCGUGGGGCUGGACCCCGGCGCCCCCGAUUCCACGCGGGACGGAGCGCUACUCAUCGCUGGCUCCGAGGCCUCCAAACGCGGCAGCAUUUUGAGCAAGCCGCGCGCACCGGGCGCUGGAAAGCCCCCCAAACGCAACGCCUUCUACCGCAAACUGCAGAAUUUCCUCUACAACGUGCUCGAACGGCCGCGCGGCUGGGCGUUCAUCUACCACGCCUACGUGUUUUUGCUGGUCUUCUCCUGCCUCGUGUUGUCUGUGUUCUCCACCAUCAAAGAGUAUGAGAAGAGCUCUGAAGGUGCCCUCUACAUCCUGGAAAUUGUGACCAUCGUGGUGUUUGGUGUGGAGUACUUUGUGCGGAUCUGGGCUGCCGGCUGCUGCUGCCGUUACAGAGGCUGGCGUGGGCGGCUCAAGUUUGCUCGGAAGCCCUUCUGUGUGAUCGACAUCAUGGUCCUCAUCGCUUCCAUCGCUGUGCUGGCCGCUGGCUCCCAGGGCAAUGUCUUCGCCACAUCUGCGCUUCGGAGCCUGCGCUUUCUGCAGAUUCUGCGGAUGAUUCGCAUGGACCGCAGAGGGGGCACCUGGAAGCUGUUGGGGUCUGUGGUCUACGCUCACAGCAAGGAACUGGUCACCGCCUGGUACAUCGGCUUCCUCUGCCUCAUCCUGGCCUCAUUCCUAGUGUACUUGGCAGAGAAAGGCGAGAACGACCACUUUGACACAUACGCAGACGCGCUUUGGUGGGGCCUGAUCACCCUGACAACCAUUGGCUAUGGAGACAAGUACCCCCAGACCUGGAACGGGAGGCUCCUGGCAGCCACAUUCACCCUUAUUGGUGUCUCCUUCUUUGCGCUUCCUGCGGGCAUUUUGGGCUCUGGAUUUGCCCUGAAAGUUCAGGAGCAGCAUCGGCAGAAACACUUUGAGAAGCGUCGGAAUCCUGCAGCCGGCCUGAUCCAGUCUGCCUGGAGAUUCUAUGCCACCAACCUGUCGCGAACGGACCUCCACUCCACCUGGCAGUACUAUGAACGCACCGUCACUGUGCCCAUGUACAGCUCACAAACCCAAACGUACGGGGCCUCCAGGCUGAUCCCACCACUCAACCAGCUGGAGCUGCUUCGGAACCUCAAAAGCAAAUCUGGUCUCACCUUCAGGAAGGAGCCCCAGCCGGAGCCAUCGCCAAGCAGGAACGCUCCAUGUCGCCUCAGCAGAGAGCCCCUGUGUGGAUGCUGCCCCGGACACUCUAGCCAGAAGGUCAGUUUGAAAGACCGUGUCUUCUCCAGUCCCCGAGGCGUGGCCACCAAGGGGAAAGGGUCCCCUCAGGCCCAGACGGUACGGCGGUCCCCUAGUGCUGACCAGAGCCUGGAGGACAGCCCCAGCAAGGUGCCCAAAAGCUGGAGCUUUGGGGAUCGCAGCCGGGCACGGCAGGCCUUCCGAAUCAAGGGCGCGGCAUCAAGGCAAAACUCGGAAGAAGCUAGUCUCCCCGGGGAGGACAUUGUGGAGGACAACAAGAGUUACAACUGCGAGUUUGUCACGGAGGAUCUGACCCCUGGGCUCAAAGUCAGCAUCAGGGCUGUUUGUGUCAUGCGGUUCCUGGUGUCCAAGCGGAAGUUCAAGGAGAGCCUGCGACCCUAUGACGUCAUGGAUGUCAUCGAGCAAUAUUCAGCUGGCCACCUCGACAUGCUGUCCCGCAUCAAAAACCUGCAGUCCAGAGUGGACCAGAUUGUGGGCCGAGGCCCAGCCAUCACUGACAAGGACCGCACCAAGGGCCCAGCUGAGGCAGAGUUGCCUGAGGACCCCAGCAUGAUGGGGCGGCUGGGCAAAGUGGAGAAACAGGUCCUGUCCAUGGAGAAGAAGCUGGACUUCCUGGUGAACAUCUACAUGCAACGAAUGGGCAUUCCCCCAACCGAGACUGAGGCUUACUUCGGCGCCAAAGAGCCCGAGCCAGCGCCGCCCUACCACAGCCCAGAGGACAGCCGGGAGCAGCUGGGAAGGAACGGCUGUGUCGUCAAGGUGGUGCGCUCCACCAGCUCCAUGGGCCAGAAGAACUUCGCGGCACCGCCCGCUGUGCCCCCUGCUCCAUGUCCACCAUCCACCUCCUGGCAGCCUCAGGGCUGUCCGCGCCAGGGCCCUGGCUCCUCGCCCGUGGGAGACCCCGGCGCGCUGGUGCGAAUCCCUCCACCGCCCACCCACGAGCGUUCAUUGUCGGCCUACAGCGGGGGCCACCGGGCCAGCGCUGAGUUCCUUCGGCAUGAGGACUCGAUGAGGCCCCCGGAGGGCGGCCUGCGGGACAGCGACACGUCCAUCUCCAUCCCUUCCGUGGACCACGAAGAGCUGGAGCGUUCCUUCAGCGGCUUCAGCAUCUCCCAGUCUAAGGAGCACCUGGACACGCUUGGCGGUGGCUAUGCGGCCGUGGCGCCCUGCGCCAAGGUCAGGCCUUACAUCGCCGAAGGCGAGUCUGACUCGGACUCUGACCUCUGCACUCCGUGCGGACCUCCGCCUCGAUCAGCCACUGGCGAGGGCCCCUUUGGCGAUGUGGGCUGGGCUGGCUCCCGGAAAUGA